AUGCCAACACCAUUAGAGCAAUUUGUAGACAGUGUGCGAACGCUCUCGCAACAAGGCAAGUUUAGAGAGCUGAUGGAAGAGAUAAUAACUACAAGUACUGAUGUUCUUCUUAAAAAUGGCGAACAUUUAGAUAACGUUCUAGAAAUAUUUAACCUCCAAGAGCAUUCAUUGGGUAUUCUAGCAGUGCUCUGCGUAAAAUUUUCGGUGCUCAAUUUUAAUGAAGAAUCCACCCCCGACAGUUAUGAACCAUUAUUUAAUCAAAUUCAAGAAUUUAUCACCGGUUGUAAUGGAGAACACGUUAAAUUUGCUUCUGAUACAUAUGCAGAAUUGUGUCACUUAUUUACUCAAAGCUUGGUCGAAUUCCAAACACCUUUACGCGGUAUCGAAAUAUUGCGUCUUGCAAUACGCAAAAUACAAUUGUUCGAUAGUCAGCUUACCUCGAUUCACGCAGACCUUUGUCAUCUGUGUCUGUUUGCAAAAUGUCUCAAGCCAGCGCUCGAAUUCCUCGAUAUAAAUAUUACUGAUAUCAGUCAAGAGGAAGGACAAUUUAAUUCAAAACAUUUUCUACUGUAUUAUUAUUAUGGUGGAAUGAUAUACACUGCAUUAAAGAACUAUGAUAGAGCAUUGGACUUUUUCGAAGUCUGCGUAACGACAACUGCCACGGGAAUUAGUUACAUUAUGAUAGAGGCCUAUAAAAAAUAUAUCUUGGUCUCCUUGAUAUUGCACGGUAAAAUCUUGAACUUACCUAAGUACACAAGUCAAGUAAUUUAUAGAUACAUUAAACCACUAAGUCAACAGUAUCAAGAAUUGGCGAACGCUUAUCAAAUAAGUAACUGCGAUGUAAUACUAAGUGUUGUUACUAAACAUCAAGAACUUUUUAUGAGAGAUCGCAAUAUGGGUCUUGUGAAACAAGUACUCAACUGUUUGUACAAAAGAAACAUACAAAGAUUGACAAACACUUUUAUGACCCUUAGUUUAAGCGAUGUGGCAAGUAGAGUUCAAUUAUCUGUACCUGCCGAUGCUGAGAAAUACAUAUUGAACAUGAUAGAGGAUGGUGAAAUUUUCGCGAGAAUCAAUCAAAAGGAUGGCAUGGUAGUGUUUCUCGAUGAUCCAGAAAAAUACAAUACGUCGCAGAUGUUCGCAAAUUUAGAAAAGGAAAUAGAGGCAUGUAUGAAAAUGCAUAAACAGGUUCUCAAAAUGGAAGAAGAAAUCGAUCUCACGUCGCAGUAUGUUCGAAAAGCUUGUGGGCUAAACGAUGAAGAUGAUCAACUAGCUGGACCUGCUCCAAAGAAUGUGAAAAAUGUACAGGGACAGUCCGAACGUAACGGUAACAUCUAUUCCAUGUAA